AUGCCGGCCAUUCGCAUCCGCCAGCCCUUCGCCGCGGCCUUUGCGGUCCUGCUUCUGGCGUCGGCGUACUUGGGACUGUCGACGCAGAAGAUACCCUCAUAUGGCCAAAGUGACAAGGGACUGCAUUUCGUGACCUUCCUCCUUCUCACCCUGACCUUCUACUGGAUCCUCGAGACCUCCCGCCGCCGCUGCAUCCACCUCACCCUCGUCGUCGUCACAGUCGGCCUGGGCAUCGGCUCCGAAGUCGUACAAGCCCUCCUCCCCAACGACCGACUAUUCGACCCCUACGACGUCCUCGCAAAUGUCGUCGGGUCGGUUCCCGCACUGCUCGCAUGCAGCUGGUACCACAAGCGUAUGCUGGAGAGACGGCGGAUGUCGAAGCACUAUGAUAUUGUACCCGGAGAAGAUCAGGAUGAGCUUGAAGAUCCGGAGAGGGAUGUCGAGCUGGGGACUGUGAGGGAUCAGGAGACGGGCGUGGUGGGUGGAGGCGCGAAUGGGCAGGCUACGGCUGGAGCGGGGAAGACUGAUGUUACUGAGGAGCUGGAUCACUGGGAUGAGAAUGCUGAGGACUGGGAUGACGACCCUGUUGAAGAAGCAGACGACGCGAAGGACAGUAAGAAGAGAGCUGAUUGA